AUGUGGCAGCCGCCACCACACCCUUUCCUGUUCGCCCUGUGGCCACAGGCAGCCCUGCCAGCUACCGCUGCCCUCAGCAAGGAGGAAGACACUGAGGAUGCCAGUGAAACUGACCUGGCAAAACACGAGGAAGAGGACUUUGUAGAAAUGAAAGAACAUUACUUUCUCUGUUCUAUAUGUAUUCAAGAAAUUAAGUGCUGCUACUGUUUUGAACAAAGAAAUAGGAUGUAUCAGGACAAACUGGCGUCUCUGAAGAGGCAGUUACAACAAUUGCAGGAAGGUACUCUUCAGGAAUAUCAGAAAAGAAUGAAAAAGUUGGACCAGCAGUACAAAGAAAGGAUACGAAACGCAGAACUGUUCCUCCAGCUGGAAACGGAUCAGGUGGAAAAAAAUUACGUCAAGGAAAAGAAGGCAGCAGCCAAGGAGUUUGAAGAUAAGAAAAUUGAGCUUAAGGAAAAUUUGAUUGCAGAGUUGGAAGAGAAAAAGAAGAUGAUUGAGAAUGAAAAGCUAACCAUGGAAUUAACAGGAGAUUCAAUGGAAGUGAAGCCUAUUAUGACAAGGAAACUGAGGCGACGACCAAAUGAUCCAGUUCCUAUCCCAGACAAGAGGAGGAAACCUGCCCCUGCUCAGCUAAAUUAUUUGUUGACUGAUGAGCAAAUAAUGGAGGACCUGAGAACACUGAAUAAGCUUAAAUCGCCCAAGAGACCAGCCUCUCCCUCCUCUCCCGAACACCUCCCAGCUACACCAGCAGAGUCUCCAGCACAGCGGUUUGAAGCCCGGAUAGAAGAUGGAAAACUCUACUACGAUAAGAGAUGGUACCACAAGAGCCAGGCUAUUUACCUGGAGUCUAAAGAGAACACUAAGAUCAGCUGUGUGAUCAGUUCUGUGGGCGCCAACGAGAUCUGGGUGAGGAAAACCAGUGACAGCACAAAGAUGAGAAUCUAUCUGGGACAGCUGCAGCGAGGUGUUUUUGUGAUUCGUCGACGAUCAGCUGCGUGACUGUAUGCUCUUCCUUGGUUUUUGUUCUUUUUUUUUUUUUUUUUUUUUUUUUUUAAACGGAUAGACGAACCUCUAAUGGGAAAUGGCAGUCUGUUAAUUCAUCUUAGCAGCAGAGAACGCUGUCAUGACCUCUUACGAGACAGUUUGUGGCUGGCCACAUAAUCCCCAGUAGUCCUUAAAUCUUUAGUGAUACCCAAGCACUGCCCUGGACUAUUUCUGAAUUUUUGCAUCAAGCUUCUGUAUGCUUUCUUUACAUUUUGGGUGACUAUUUAAGAAGACUUCGCAUCAUACUUUUUUCAUCAUUGUUUCAUGGUGCAUAGAUGGGACUCGUAUGUUGAAAACAACGUAACAUUUAUGUUUUGAAUCAGACCAAUGGAAGAAGCUUUGCUUGUCAAGACCUGAGGUUAUUCGUUCUUUUUGGUUUUGUUUUCCUGCAAGGCUCAGGAUGUUGGGCAAAAGGAGAUUAAUCUUGCCAGCUUUCAGCUGCAGCCGAGAGAUACAUCUGUAAUACCUGAUGUAUGACAUCAGCUUUAUUGGAUGAACUGUUUAAAGACUUGAGCACUGAGGCUUUUUUUUUAGGAAAGUGUGAACAGCUUAGAAACUGCUGAAAAUCCAGUUGAUUUUAAUGUAGUUAAGCAGUCACAUGUGGUUAAUCAGAAGCUUCCAUUUCUCUUCACAUUAAAAAACCCUUCAAUGAACAAGCAAAGAGUUACUUGCUGAAGUAAUUUCCUGAAAUAGGUGGAUGAGUAUAAACCAAAGGAUUAAUUAAGUGGACUUUGCAGAUAGCGAGACUAUAUGAACCGUAUGUAUGACUAUAACCACUCAUACAUGUAGAGAGAUGAAAGGUAAAUGUCACUUUCUUUACUGAUGCUUAGAGUAACAGGUCAUGCUGGAAUCGUGCUGACAGAAGAUACUGGAUCUGUUGUAUCUUUCAAAGAAGCCUGGUACAGAGUAGAAAACAGCAUUGACAUGCUUUUAGCGUAUAGCUGAAACCUUCAUUCCCUAAAAUGUCAUGCAAAGGUUUCCCUUUGAAGGGUAUUUUAAUUACUGGAGAUAACACUGAGUUUCUGCACUUGCCCUCCAAUAGCACAAGUGAAAAUGCUCAAGUGAUUAUAUUAAUAUACUCCCUUGCGAGAUGCUUAAAGAUCUGACUCUGGCAUUCCUUUAUUAUUCCCAGCAUUCUGCUGAUGGCUGAAACCACCAAUACCAUGUGUGACUGCACUGGCAUGAACUACACAGGGCACUGGCAAUGCUGUCAGAUCUUUGCCUUCUGUGCGAAAGAAUUUUGUGCUCCUUUUGAUUACCAGACAAAAAGUUGUAAUUUCUGCCUUUAUCGGUAUCUGUUGCUUUGAGGCAUCUUUCGGUUUUGCUUUUGAACUGCCUUCUUGUUCAGCAUCAGUCUAACCUUUCUUUCAUAUCUGGAUAAAUGGAGUAUUUUAAAUGACUGUUUCCAUUUCUUUUCCUUACUGCAGUUGGGUGGCAGUCACAUCCCAAUAACUGAUGUAUGUAUGUGGAUCAGGAGUGGAGUGUUAUGGCUGAGUUUCUGAUGUGUUGCCUUUGUGGCUGAGACACCGUACCUGUUUUUACUGUGUUUAGAGUUUCAGCUGGAUCUGGAGCCUUGACAAGGAAAGGAGAGGGUGUCUGUCUCCCACCCCUUGAAAAUGUGCCAUCUUUGCUGCAGCGUUAGUCAGGUGGAAAGCAGCAGGCUGUGUUUUGUCAAGUUAACAGCGUACUUAAUAUAACAGCAUUCUCUGCACGUGUGACAGGUUUUUAAUAAGGUGAUGAUGUACCAAACAGGAUUUGUCACUGAGCCUUAAAACGAACAUCAUAAAAAGUGCUAGG